ACUAAGCCAAUUUUCACAACAGAACCCUUGUCCAGAUCUGACCUUGACUAAGAAUGUGUGUGUGUGUGUGUGUGUGUGUGUACGUGUGUGUAUGAGAGAGAGAGAGAGGGACACAGAGAGAGAGAGUGGGGAAACAAGUGAUUUAUCUUUAUAGUAACUUCUCUAUUCCUACUUCGUUUUGCAUAUUGAACAUAUGGGUACAUUUUAUAGUUUAUGGCAAAAGCAUUGUGUUAUGUGUUUGUGUGCAUGCGUAGUUGUGUAUGUGCGUAUAUGGUGUAAGUUGACUUCCAGGGAACUUGGCACAGUGCACUAAGACAACAAGGUGACUGUAGGAGGAAGGAGUGGCGAGGGAGCUGGAAUGCGAGAACACUAUUGCAUAGUGUACAUCCAUACACACACACACACAAAACAACAUGGUCACACCUUCACACACAUCUACGCCACACACACAUACAGCACACAACCAGGGGUAGAGCUCAACUGACACAUUGUCAAAAUGUGUUAGAAUUUCGAGGCCCAUUGGCGUGGCAACUGCAAGCUGGGGACAACAUAUGGUCUCUCCGAUGAGGCGGUCCACCCCCCCAAAACUCCCACCGUCAUCACCAAUCGCCCGACUCCCUCCUACCCGCCCACUGCCACUGCCUCAUCCCCUCAUUCUUCCUCCAAAACAUGCUCUCACCUAAACAAGAGCCAAGACAAGCCUGCACACCCUAACAGGCAGCAGCUCACAUUAUUUCUGAACAAUUUAGUGACCGUCGUUCUGCCAAGCAGACAGGGAACCAAGAAAUGUUACACUCAUUGGUCCAAAAUGCUCCCAUCAUCAUGUUCCCAGUCAGCUAAAUUACACUGCAGUGGUUUUGGAGGCCUAUGUAGCUUGUAGAGUAUUUGUUAGCAGAACAUUUAAAACAUGCUAUUUUUUAUGAUGACCGAGCUCUAAUAUAUACAUUUUAAAUGGCAUUUUAAUGAAUAAAUGGAAAUCAGAGUGGACACAAUUCAAAGUGCUUAGUGUGACCAGUGGAGAUCAUAGCACAGAGAAAAGAGCAGGACUGAGAGGUAAUUAGGAGAGUAGAGCCAUAUGUCAGAAGGUCUGGCGCAUCUCUACAAAAGAGACAGUGAGGCUGGUGUGAACUUAUUUUGGGGGAAGUGCGCUCCAUGAACCCUGGCGUUAUGUGCCGUGGCAUCUGGAAAGCUCAGCUCACAGCAGCCCCUGUGUCGAGCGAUGGGACAACGCCCAGCCGACCGUGAGAUAUCUGACCUGACCAAUUAGCAGGAGGCCUGGUGCCAGAGCUCUGCCUCUGAGGUCUCACGUCUCCACCUCUCUGCUCGUCCUGUCUGGGGUUAUGGCACCCUAUAACACAUGAGCACCACUUUUGUCCACAAUGAGGGUUUUAAAAGUGUGUUAGUGUUUCUCUUACAGUGCAAACUGUGUUCUACUCCCUCCCUUCUUUUGAUCCAGGACUAGUGUGAAGCCAGCUCAUAAGUGACGAUUAUUCCAUACUGUGACAACAUUUGUCUCUUACCACAUGCUGAAUCUUCUGUCUGAAUAUUGUUGUUCCCUAUGCUCGUGUGGUAAAUCACUGCCAGUCAGACCACCAGGUUUGGCCUGUUCAUGGAAACUAAAAGACAAUAAUGCUAGUAUUUGAAUUCCCUGAACAAAGCAGUUUAUAUUAUGUCAUUCCUCUUCACUCCAAAUGAAUCAGUGCUUGCAUUUUAUAACUGGGUCCAAGAGGCUAUACAUACAUAACUAGUAUCAGAAUGGUGAAUUAUGUUAUAUGUCAAGAUUAAUGUAUAGAUUUAUGCCAGAACAUGCAGAGGAUAAGGACAUGGCAAGAAGGAAGCUAAGCAAAAUUAAACCAAAUCCUUCCCAGUAUUCUGGAUCAGAUUUGAUCAAGUAUAAUUAAAAACAUCAAAUAAACAAGAUCAACACCAACAAACAUAGCAAAAGAAAAAUUUAAAACAUGGAAUUAAAAAAAGAAAAACUUGCAUCAACUGAACUCAAAAACGCAUCAGGUCGAUAUCAUAUACAAAUAAAAUAGAAAAAAACUAAAAACGUGUGAAAGGUAUUCACGCUGGCACCUUGAGGCACCCUGUGAAGUAGUUUUGAUCUUUUUAGAUAUGUAACCAUUAAUGGAUGCAUGUGCAUUUGUUAUACUUACAUAGAUAACAGGGCAUUUUUUAGCAACAUCCUAAAUGCUGUUUCUGUUAAGCUUAAACAGACAUCUUGUCAUUCAGUGCAGAUGAAAUCAUUCAAACAAGUUGCAUAAAUUUGUGUCGAGUAUUUUUAGUUAUAGCUGAUAUAGAUGAUUGGAAGGAUUUACUUUCUUUUGGCCAUCGUUGGUAAAUGAAUGUCUUAAUAUUUUUUGUACGAUUCCAUAUUUAAAAAAUGGCACUUAAUAACAGUAAUUACAUAAUAAUAAUUAUAAUGAAAGUGUCUAGUUUCUUCCAAGGCAGCUUUUUAAAUAUAUUUUGUGAUAUAUAAUGAGGUUUAUUUGUACAAAACUGUUUUCCAAGACAAAACAACACAUUAGAAGAUUGUCAAAGAUAUUGGUAACAAAUAUUCCUGAUUGCAUUGUCCACAUAGUUUAUACAGUUUGCCUGACCUGUAGCAAUCAGGAACACAAUACACACAACAGACUGUUCUGUAAUUUAAUGAAGCAGUAUGCAAAUUCUUGUCUGACAAUGUGUUGUUUAGGUUGGUCAGAUUGUCAGUAGAUUUAGAUUGGCUGAACGGUUCAGUGGUCAGGUGGACUGGACAUCAGAUUGGUCAUCAGAUCAGCGGUGUGACUGGCGGUGCACUUGACCCGCUGAUCUGUAUCUGAUACACGGUCUUUGUUGGUGUGUGUGUUCAGCAAAGGAUCCAGGUUAACCUGAUCCAGAAACAGGAUCUGUCUCUCUGUAUGUCCACUAGACCAGCAGUCUGUUUGCCUGACUGCCAAAGGUCAGCACUGAAGUCAGGGCAAAAACAAUGAGAGAAGAGGGCUUUUCUCAGGGUUUCUUUUGUAAAUGUGUGUGUGUGUGUGUGUGUGUGUGUGUGUGUGUGUGUGUGUGUGUGUACAUUUCUGCUAAACACUCAUCUUAUUAUGCAGUGCAUAUACAUUGAGACUGCCUGACCCUGGCCAUGUUAGUGUGGAGGAGAGCAGGAUUUUGCUGACUUAUUUCUCUGUAAUGAUCUUGUCACUAAUUGCCAUGUCUAAAUCCAGCGUGACUGAGUGUUCCUGCUCUCCUGCCAGGGCCUCUGAGCCAAUCAUGUCAACGGAAACUCUGAAAUAUUAAACACCUUGAGCUGCUCCAUAAGCAUUGGAGGUACUCUUACCUUUGCAUUAACAACGCUUAAGAAUACUGGCUAUAAUCAGACGAACUGGACAAGGCAUAUAAUGGAAAAGCGAUUCUCGAAACAUGAACGAUCUCAGAACAUUAAUGCCCACAGUUUCUUCUUCACUGACAUCUAGCAUUAGCAUCAUAUUGAGACAUUUAAUCAAGUGCUUUGGUGCAUCAUAGAAGCAUUACGUGUAUUUCCUCUGCCACACUUCCUUUGAAAAUGUUUCGUUGAUGCAUCUUGUGUUGCCACAGGAAUACACAUACUGCAGACGGUAUGUUGGCCAUAUUAAAGCGUAUACCAUUGAGGCGGUGGAACAGACGACUCGGAUGGGUCAAGCAGCCCGACUGACCCUCCUGAGCUGCUGGGAAUGGGCUUUACCGUUUCCCUAGCGACCCCACAGCAACAGUGAGAGGUCCCAGCAAUGUCUGGCUUUAGGAUGUUGCAGCUCCAGACCUUUUGACAAGGAUGUCUCAACCUUGGUGUUUGCUUUAUGUUUAGUCUGAGUUUUUGUUUGUUUGUAAAUAUUGUGCUAAAUUUCCAUUGUACAUAUGUUCAAAAGGAAGUCAAAUGCCACAUUUGUUUCACUUGAAAGGUAAUGUGAAAUCUUUAUUAGGUGUGGGUUUAUUACCUAUUGCUAAUAUUUGUGCUCAUGUUCAAAAUCACUUUUGGCGAAAGGGAAAAAAAAUAUUGUAUUAGUUUUUGUGGUGUGUAAUUUAUGUGUCUGGAUGGUGCAAAUGCUUUGAAAGAGCCUAUGGCACAGCAUCUUUUCACUGAAAACCAUAAUCAUAACUGUCUGAGACAAAACAGAUAAAUGAGCAGUUAAUCAAUAUUUGUCUGUUAUUUAAGGGAUUUGUUUUGCCCACGAGGAGUUGCAUUGAUCAGUAUUAAAGAAAACUUACAAGUUACAUUUUUUAUUUUACACUAUCCUCUAAUGCUUCUAGUUUUUGAAUUUCUAUAAAAUAAAAUCUUAGAUUGAAUCAGUGAUAUAUGUAGGCUCUCCUUAUGGGCCGCAUGAAGUAUUUGUAUGUGAAAACAAAAACAUGGAAAAAAAAAAGCUGUCACUUUCUCAUGCCUGAGGCUGACUGGUCUGGUGACCCAGUCAGGUUUGGAGACAAACACCAGCUCCAGAAUGAUGACGCAUCAUCGUGCGUGACAGACUCAAAAUGCCGCAGUGUCAGCCAGCGGACAAUGGUCCUGCUGCUUGGGGGCUGGCUCUGUCUUUGUCCCACUCUGGUUAAGCAGACUUAGGGAUAAUUCCGCGGAUAAUUCAUGGGACCGGCGGCUCAGCCUCUCCCACCGGGAGAUCUGAUUCCCCCCCUCUGCCUGGAGCCAUGGCCUGCCGAGAGCUUUUCUCCUGCCUCCCCAGGAGCACAGCCUCGGAAACGGCAGCCGGAGCCACGGCAACAGUCUCUGAGGCUAAGCCCACCAGUCCUGGUUGCCAGGCGCUAAGAUGCACACCCACCACGCUAAGGGUAUGUGUCUGAGUGGAUGGGGCAGGAGAAGGAGGAGGAGAUGGGAGAAGUCAGGUUGGCAGUUGUUUUGAGUGACAGCUCGACUCAGCAACAUUCCCCAAGUCAACCAAGCAUUUUUUUCUCAUGGGGUCCCUUCUUACUAAGUCUGUUUGCAGUGCGUUGUGGUGGCUGUGCGGAGGCCAUCUUUCCCACAGAGUUGGUGAUGCGUGCAGGGGCCGCUGUGUUCCACCUGCGCUGCUUCACCUGCAGCAUUUGUUCCUGCCACCUGCAGACUGGAGACCGCUGCGUCCUCAGGGAGGGACAGCUACUGUGUGCCAGAGAGGACUACCACCAGUGUCUGGCCAGCCCGACGUCCUCCGACACAGGUAAAAGUGAUGAUGAAGAAGAAGAAGAAGAGGAGGAAUCUGGGAGAGUUACAGGCAGACGAGGUAGAUCAGAAGACCUGGAGAGCAAACGUCCCAAAAGGCCACGUACUAUUCUGACCACUCAACAAAGACGGACCUUUAAAGCCUCCUUUGAGGUCUCAUCCAAGCCUUGCCGAAAGGUAAGGGAGACCUUGGCAGCAGAGACUGGUCUGAGCGUCCGGGUUGUGCAGGUCUGGUUCCAGAACCAAAGAGCCAAAAUGAAGAAACUGGCCAGGAGACAGCAGCAGCAGCAGGAGCAGCAGGGGCAGCAGCAGCAGACUCAGGAGCAGCGUGAGCACCCAUCACAUCACACAGCGCCCUCCCGUGGCUGUUUGACCUCUGAGAUGGAGCGCCUGGGGUCCUCCUAUAUGCACAUUCAGCAGCAGCAGCAGCAGAUGGGACUCACCAUACUGGAGCAGCAGGACUAUGACAUGGACCCCUUCAGACAGGGCCUGACCCCACCUCAGAUGCCAGGGGAUCACAUGCACCCCUACGGUUUUAAGGGUCUGUACGGUGACAUGGGCAGAGACCCAAUGUGUCAUGUGGCUGACAGCGACUGCCUGUCCCUGGGUGACUCCUCUCUGCUCACCCCUAUUGACCGCCUCUACUCCAUGCAGGACUCUUACUUCACCUCCUGAGGAUGGAGAUCGGACUCAGUGAGAAGCGACGCAUCUCCCUCACUCUGCAUCGCCCUCUGGUCUCAUCAUUUAUCUGUCUGUACCAUGCACAAGGUAGUUGAAAAAUCACUGCCAAGGGGACGUGGGUACACUGUGAAACCAUGCAAUAUACCAUGUGCACCUCCAUAUAAACAUGAUUACACUACUGCCUCUUAUGCUUUACAAUCCCACUAUACAACACAGGCUCCUGUGUAUGCAUGAUACUGUCUGACCUCUCUCACUACGUUUGAAUGUUAGAUUAUGAGAUCAUAUCUGCAUCUACUAAUGUAAAUAGCUGUUUGGGUGUGUAUUUGUAUUUAUUCUCACAAUGUGUGUAUGCUGUUCAUCUUGAAUGAAUCAACAAUGAUCAAUAAAUAAUGGUUAUGAUACAGUAAAUAUUCAGUUUAAACUGUGUGGCAUAGUGAGUAUGAAGCACAGGCUGAUUUAUUAUGAAGAUGGGGUAUUCAUGCUGAGGGUUAGAGCUGGGUCAGUCCAUCCUCGGUGCUUAUCAGUCCAAUCUAGGUGACAGGUCAGCGAGGCAUCUUCCCCUGGCUGUUGGGUGGAUCAUCAGAUUGUAAAAUGCUGGGCUAUGACAGCUAUAUGGGUCAGUGGCAGGUAAGCAUCACAUCCACGCCGCCAUCAUCAACGCUCACAUUGUGCUCCUCACGGUCAAAGGCCCUCGCUGCAUUUUUCUGCCUUUUCCUUCCUCCAGUCAUAGAGGACGGGAGGGGGGGAGACCACCCAGGCACUGUGCCCAGCUGGAAUGCACCAAUCCUGGGGAGAGAGGUUGAGAAAACCCAGGGAGGGGGCUCCAGACAACGGAGGGGCUGAAAGCUGUGUCAGGGGAGAAUGCCCAGGGUGACACAGAGAUAUGAAGCCUCACUGUAUGGAGUGCCUCCUUGCCCCAGCCAUGAACCCUCUCCUGGACCCAUCUCAUAUUUCCCACUAUGAAAUCAGACCUUGCAGAGCAGAGAGCGCAAGUCAAUGGUCAGGAACAAUCUAACUGUCUGUCACCGUGGUAUGCUACUGCCAACCAGAGCUAAAGAAGUGUGCAGCAGAGUAUACUGAGUGUGUGUUUCUUUGAGUCUGCCUUUGUAUCUGUGUCUGUAUCUGCUCUAAGUGUCUGCUGGCAUGUGCAUGUGUGCAUGCUCAUGUGUUAGGAGGAACAACACUCUUUGUUGUAGGGACUAAAGUAUCAUAAUGCAUUUCCUUGUAUCUUUAG